AGAACCGGGAUGCGGAUCCGGAUCCGAUAGGCGCUGGUAAGGUGUUCCAAGCGGCGGCGGGAGCAAAGGCAAAGAAUCCGAGAAUCCUCUCGAUUGGUCUCAUCGAAGGCCCGGGAAACCCUAACUGCCGAUCGUGUUCGAAGCCCUAGGGUUUGAAUUGGAUCUACGAUGAGGCCCAUCAGGCUCCCUGAGCCGCCCAGUGGCCCCGUCGGCAUGCCGGAGAUUUUCGAAGGUGGCCUCAAUGUCAUUCGCCGCGCCAUUGUCAUUGGAAAUGGCUUCCCCGGUGCCGAGAACCAGUGCCUUGGCCUUGUUCGAGCCCUUGGCCUUGCCGAGAAGCAUACUCUUUAUCGUGUUGUAAGACCAAGAGGCGGAAUUAAUGAGUGGCUCCGGUGGCUCCCAGUGUCUCUGCAUAAGAUGAUAGAAAGUGUGAUCAGAAGGAUAUCAGGUGAUUCGCAAUUUGGAGGGAGUAUCCAAAGCAGAAGGGUAUUCCCAUUGGCCGCUCAGAAUGGUGGGAGUGUUGGCUUAUCGUCGAUCUUGGAAGCUGAUGCCAAGAAGAUUGCAUCACUUGCUCAUGAGACUUUUUGAGAAGUAAGGGAAGGACCAAUUCUGGUGGUUGCUUCUGGACGUGACACCAUCUCUAUAGCUAGUUCUGUAAGACGUUUGGCUUCACAACAUGUAUUUGUCAUCCAGAUACAACAUCCAAGGACACGUCUCGACAGGUUUGACUUGGUUGUUACUCCGCGUCAUGAUUAUCAUGUGCUUAGCCCUAGUGGACAACAAGAAAUCCCUCAAUUUAUAAGACGGUGGAUAACACCUAGAGAGCCACCUAGUAGGAAUGUGGUUCUCACUGUGGGAGCAUUACAUCAGGCGGAUUCUGCCCUGCUUCGACUAGCUGCAUUAAACUGGCAUGCAGAACUAGCCCCUCUCCCAAAGCCUUUGCUUGUAGUGAACAUUGGAGGACCUACACGGCAUUGCCGAUAUGGUGCAGACCUUGCCAAACAGUUGGCAGUUUCACUUCAUAGUGUAAUGGCAACAUGUGGAAGUGUCAGAAUUUCCUUCUCCAGGAGAACCCCUCAAAAAAUACGAGCCAUUAUGCUAAGGGAAUUUGGUGAUCAUCCCAAAGUCUAUAUAUGGGAUGGUGAAGACCCAAACCCACAUAUGGGACAUCUAGCAUGGGCUGAUGCUUUCAUUAUAACAGCAGAUUCAGUUAGUAUGUUGAGUGAGGCCUGCAGCACAGGGAAGCCUGUGUACACAGUUGGAGCUGAACGGUGUACAAUGAAAUUUUCUUCUUUCCAGAAAACACUGCAAGAGAACGGAGUUGUCCGGCCAUUCACAGGAAUGGAGGAUAUGUCUGAUAGUUGGAGUUAUCCUCCCCUCAACGAUACAGCUGUAGUUGCAGCGCGGGUUCGUGAGGCACUGGCAGAGCGUGGCUGGACAUUGCGUUAAAUAAUUCCCUGAUUAAAGAUACAAUUCACCCUAUACUUGAUACGGUUGAGUUUUCCACACAAGAUUUGUGUUCGUAAUUAGAUAUUACUUUCUCUCUGAGGUUUUUCGGAGUUGUAAAAUAAAAUGGCUAUUCCCCAGCUUGUAAAAUUCAACGAGUAUUAUAAGAUUGAUACAGUGAUAGGCGACAAAAUCUCCAACUU